AUCCCGCACUAGAACGCUGGACGCUGCCCGUGAGCUGGGGCCUGCUGCCCCUCCCCUUAGCACGACAUUUCAGCUCUGUGCCUUCCUAACUGACACAUGAGGAAUUUCCAACCUGGACUUGCAGACUUGCCUCAUUCACCAUUGUUCUGAUCCUUUAGCGGGAGCUCAGCAAAAUGAACUGGAAGCGGGUCAUCCUCGUGUGUGCGUUUGCACUGGUUUUAAUUCUCGCAAUUGCUAAAGAAGCUGAAAGUGCAUCAGUUAAAGCGAAUCCAGCUGCGAGUAAAGAAAAUCAGGAAGAAGUUAAAAAGGGGAUUUUCAUGCCAGAAGCUGAAGCGUCUAAGUUUUUUAAGCGACGUGCCAAGAGAUCCCCCAAAUCCAAAGACGAGAUGAAUGCAGAGAACAGACAAAGACUAGCUGCUGAUGAACGGAGAAGGGAGUAUUAUGAAGAACAGCGAAAUGAAUAUGAAAACUAUGUAGAGGAGGAACGUGAUGAGCAGUAUGAGAGAACCCGUGAAAAAACUGAACAAUGGCGUGAAUGGCACUAUGAUGGCCUCUACCCACCAUACGAGUACAAUCGUCACCAUGUUUAAAAGUGGGCACUGACAGGAGUGCCUGAAAAGGACAAAAGACAUGAAAUAUAUAUUUGAUUGAUGUACCUUAUUUAAUAAUGCCAUGCCAAUCUGUUCAGUUUUAAACUGAUGUCUUUUUUAUUCAGCUUUAUAUAGAUUUAGUCUUUGGGUUAAUACAUCAAAAUCAAAAAAAUCAUUGUUACUAAAAUAUGGUAAAAAUGUGAUUGUACAAAUGUAACGGUACUAUGGAUAUUGUAUCAUUAACUACUUUUUUAAAAUAAAAUAUAAAGCACAGCCCCCUCUUCUGGCUAAAACAUGUAGAUGAACUGUAUAGCAUACUCAUUCCAAAAGCAUUUGUUUUUAAGUUGACACAACCAAAAUGGGCCCAUUUAUCAGCACUUGAAAUGGACCAGACAAAUCUAAAAUAUGAGUAUGCAAAACAGCAAAAAAGGCACAAAUUUGGCUGUGCUUAAUAUUUCAUUUGAAGUACUGUUAAGACUGAUUACAUAAACUACAUUACAUGUAAUCUGAAUAAAUAUUGUAAUCCCAGCAAAUAUCAUCAGGUUUUAAUUGCUAAACUAUUUAAGUAGCUAACCAGUCUGUCUUUAAAUCAGCAGUUCAGGUUGUCACUAUUAGUAGAAGGCUAGUAGAAAAUAUUCAACAUCAAAGUAAAGCUUGACCAUAUUCUCUUUAAAAAGAUGUUCACACCAAACUAGUAAAUAAUGAAGCUUUGUUGGAGUUAGCUUGUUUACAACAUUGAAUAAUUUUGACAUGCAGUAUAAUCUUCCAUAUAAAACAUUUAAAAAUCAUGUUUCACCAACCAUUCAUUUAUUCUCUGAACCUGCUUAUCCAAUUUCUGGGUUACGAGGAGCCAGAGACUUUCCCAGCAUCAUUAAGUUGAAAGAGGAAAAAAAAAAAA